UUGCAUGUACCUGUACAUUGUCAUGGGCUUCAGUGCACGAUUGUGACCCAACCGCACCGCGGGAAGCGAUGGCGAACUCAGAUGAGCCUGCGAUAACCUCGAUGACUCGAUUGGAGCGACGAGGUAUACGUGAGACUGAGUAUAUGUUCGACGCUCGACGGGAUCGACGGAUACAAGCUCAGUCCACGCAUACUACUGGCUUUAUCUCUACAACCUAUAACGAUGGCACACCUGCUGGGCAUCACAUCCACGACCAAAACCUUCCGCGUCGCAAUCGUCGGCGUCGGCCUCGUGGGCGCCGAGCUCGUCAAGCAGCUGCAAGCCCUCCAGCCGAGCCCCUUCCGCAUCGUCUCCCUCUCAUCUUCCAAGUCCCUCCUGUACCACCCUGACGGGCUCUCCCCCUCCGAGGACUGGAAAACCGAGCUCGCGAGCUCGGGCAGAAGGCCCGACCUGCAUUUCCUCCUGCGCGAGCUCGCGGCGCUCGUGAAGCCGGGGCAGGAGGCCGUUCUCGUGGACAACACCUCCGCGAAUGAGGUCGCCGCACUCUACCCGUCCUUCCUCGGGCUCGGAGUGCACGUCGUCACCCCGAACAAGAAGGCGUUCUCGGCGGGGCUGGAGCUGUACGAGCAGAUACUGAGUGCUAGCCUGGAGAGCGGGGCGAGGUUCCUAAACGAGGCGACGGUGGGCGCGGGGCUGCCGGUCAUUUCGACGUUGAAAGAUCUGGUCGCCACAGGGGAUAAGGUCACGAAAAUCGAGGGCGUGUUCUCGGGGACGAUGAGCUACAUCUUUAACGAGUUCUCGACGGGGAAGGAGGGGGGCCCGAGCUUCUCCUCGGUUGUGAGCGUCGCGCGCGAGAAGGGCUACACGGAGCCGCACCCUGCUGACGACCUGAACGGCGCAGACGUAGCGCGCAAACUGACGAUCCUCUCGCGCCUGAUACCCUCACUGCGCUCUGCGCUCCCCGACGGGUACCAGUCUGUGAGCACCAAAUCUCUCAUCCCGCCCGCGCUCGAGGGCAUCGAGUCCGGCGACGAGUUCAUCCGCCGCCUGCCCGAGUUCGACGCGCACUUUGACCAGCUGCGCGCGGACGCGAUCAAGGAGGGCAAGGUCCUCCGGUACGCCGGUGUCGUCGACGUGCAGAACGGUGUCAUCAAGGCGGAUCUCGAAAAGUACCCAGCAACUCAUCCGUUCGCAACGGCGCUUGGGGGAUCAGACAACAUCAUCAUGUACCACACAGAGCGGUACGGGGCCCGGCCGCUGGCGGUGCAGGGUGCGGGCGCGGGUGCGGCGGUGACCGCGAUGGGUGUCAUGAGCGAUCUGCUGAAACUGGUGUGAUGCAGCGCCGCUGCGGUGGCAGCAGGCGAGCGAACGUGUGUAUACGAGAAGAGAAGCCCAAAGUAAGUUACGUGCUGUAUCGUCCACAACCGUUAUCGUGCCAGAACCCCCGUUGGCCGUGCGAACCGACGCGCUAUGAGAUGUUCA